AUGGGAGGGGGGUGGGGGGGGGGGGGGGGGGGACAGGAUAGGAGGGGUCCAGUUGAGGCAGAAUGGGGGGGGGGGGGGGGGACAAUUGAUGUAAGAGUGGGGUCUGAUGGGGACAAUUACGACAUUGUGAACUCAUUGGUCUUAUUAUUCCUGCAGUAUUUGUCUGCCUGCAUUGCUGGAGCUUCCCUUGAAGAAGCUGAAGAGGGAGCGGAGGAAGAAGAGCACCUGUCAGCUCAAGAGGAUGAAGCAGGCAGCAAAUCCAAACAGGGCCUUUUCCAGAUAGUAGGCACUCUGUCCAAACCAUUGGACAAGAAGCUGGGUUUCCCGGUGGAAACCUAUGUGAUUUCAAAUAGAGAUGAGCUGUUAAGUCAUCUCAUGGAGAGCGAUGUCAUCAUAUAUAAUAUCACAGAGGACCCAUCUCAGAUCGAUGAAGCUUCCUGGGCAGUAUCUGCACUCCACACGGAAAUUGAAAACUUUGAAAGUCAGAAAAUGUUUAUAUUAUUAUCUACAGUCAUGACUUGGGCACGAAGCAAGCCACUGGACCCAGAUGAUCCUGAAAUCCCUUUCACAGAAGAUGAUUAUCGGAGAAGGAAAUGUCACUUAAAUUUUAAAGAUCAUAUAAAUGCAGAAAAACUCGCCAUUAAGAUGGGGAAAACAAAAGGCAAGUUCACAACCUAUGUGGUUGCAUCUGGCCUUCUAUAUGGAGCAGAAGAGGGCAUCCUUCAUACAUUCUUCAAAGAGGCCUGGCUGGGAGAAACGUCAGCACUGCCUGUCUUUGGAGAUGGCCAGAAUAUCAAUCCACUGAUCCACAUCAAAGAUUUAGCAAGUGUGGUACAGAACAUUGUAGACCGCAGGCCACGGACUCAUUACCUGGUUGCAGUGGAUGACACCACUCACACACUGGAGGACAUUGUCAAGGCUGUCAGCGUACACCUCGGUCCUGGCAAAGUGCAGAAGGUUUCUAAAGAAGCUGUGUUCCUGAAUAAAGAGCUAACACAACUGGAGAUUGACCAGCUACUGGUGAACCUGAGAAUGGAAGCCGUGUUCUUGAAGGAGAAUUUUAACAUUAACUGGGUGUCUCAGAGUGGAAUAGUAGAAAAUAUAGACUCUGUCAUCAAAGAGUUCAAGGAAAGCCGAGGACUUCUGCCCAUCCGUAUCUGUAUCCUCGGUCCACCCGCUGUAGGAAAAACAACAGUGUCAAAAUUACUAUGCAAACACUACAAGCUACAUCACAUUCACAUAAAAGAUGUCAUCACAGAGGCCAUUGCAAAUCUGGUAUGUAAAACCAUGCUGCAGGAAAAGCUUGUGAAAACUCCUCCAGAGGAGGAAGAGGAAGCAGAAGAAGGACCAGAAUCCUGGCAGGAACUGUUGGACUCUGUGAAGGGGAACAUGGAACAAAAUGGAGGACGUCUGGACGACAGCUACGUGAUCAGGUUCAUGAAGGAGAAACUAAAGUCUAUGCCUUGUCAGAACCAGGGCUAUGUCUUAGAUGGAUAUCCCAAGACCUACGAGCACGCUAAGGAGCUUUUCAACUGUAAGUAA